GGCGACUCGCGAGGCACGUGAUCGCUGGAUCAGCUGACCAGGCGCGACCGGAAGAAGCAACUCCGGGCCCCGGCCGCUUGCCGCCAUGAGGUUCCGGUUCUGUGGUGAUCUGGACUGUCCCGACUGGGUCCUCGCAGAGAUCAGCACACUGGCCAAGAUUUCCUCUGUGAAGCUGCGGCUACUGUGCAGCCAGGUGCUGAAGGAGCUUCUGGGACAGGGGAUUGAUUAUGACAAGAUCCUGAAGCUCACAGCUGAUGCCAAGUUUGAGUCAGGUGAUGUGAAAGCCACGGUGGCGGUGCUGAGUUUCAUCCUCUCCAGUGCUGCCAAGCAUAGUGUGGAUGGCGAGUCCUUGUCCAGUGAACUGCAGCAGCUGGGGCUGCCCAAAGAGCAUGCCUCCAGUCUGUGCCGCUGUUACGAGGAGAAGCAAAGCCCUCUGCAGGAGCACCUGCGGGCCUGUAGCCUGCGCGUGAACAGGCUGACGGGCGUGGGCUGGCGGGUUGACUACACGCUGAGCUCCAGCCUGCUGCAGACCGUGGAGGAGCCCAUGGUGCACCUGAAGCUGGACGUGGCUGCUGCUCCAGGGGGCAAGGCACAGCCCAUCACCAUGUCCCUCUCAGCAGACAAGUUCCAGGUCCUGCUGGCAGAACUGAGGCAGGCCCAGACCCUGAUGAGCAACCUGGGCUGAGGAGAUGGGUGUUUGGGGUCCAUGUGAAGCCUCCCUCUCCGUGUCAGGUGGCUUCCCUCCAAACUUCUCUUUGUGGGUCGCUCCAGUCCCAGCAUGCUGGCUGUCUGGCCUGGGCCCACGCCCGGGCCUCCUGGGUCCCCGUUUCUGAGGUCCUCAUGUGAGAGUUCAUCAUAGGGAUCCUGAGGUCCAUUUUCCCUCAUGUUCUCUCCUCCCCUUCAGUCAUUUGAUGCUGUUUUCACAAGUGAGGAAGAAUAAACAGAAGUGUAAAGGUG